AUGGAAGUCAGUGAGCAUCCAGAAGCACAACAACUUCACGAUGAGAAGACCGGCAAUCGGACCACAGCAGCCAACAGUGGCGAGGACGAAGGCAAAUCUUCGACGAUUCAUGCGGAAGAACACGAGGCUAUAAGAGGCGAUGAGUCGGACGGGCGGGUCGAAUGGAGCGCCCUACAGAUCCUUGCCACACUAUCUUUGUGUGCUCUAUAUGCUGGCUCACAGUUGCCCCUGUUGUUUGGCUCGGGAAGCGUGUCUUUCAUGGUCGAAGAUAUAGGUGGAAGCACCAUCAGUACAUGGGUCCCCGUCUCCUACUCUCUGGCCUUUGCUUCCAUCAACCCGUUUGGUGGAUACCUGCAAGAUGUGUUUGGACGUCGGAACAUCUCCAUCACUGGCGGGCUUCUUUUGUGUAUCGGACUCAUCGUCGUUGCUACGAGCCACGGCAUAGCCCAGGCGAUUGUGGGCAUGACCAUCUGUGGUUGUGGUGCCGGCAUUGGAGAGUUGACUGCCCUGGCUGGCAUAUCUGAAAUCGUGCCCGUCAAACAAAGAGGAUUUUAUCUCGGAGCCGUGACUGCUUCCAUCCUCCCUUUCGCUCCAUACCCAAUCUAUACCACCGAGCUGGGCACCCAUGCAACUUGGAGGUGGUGUUUCUGGAUUCCUCUAAUCUGGAAUGCGCUGGCAGUGGUUGGAAUUGCCCUGACCUAUUGGCCUCAUUCGCAACUUCGCAAAGAACGAAAAUCCGCUCGCGAGGUACUCCCUCUGAUCGAUUAUGUGGGCGCUUUUCUUUCUACGGGAGGUCUCACCAUGUUUUUGGUUGCAGUCACAGCCGGUGGUUACACUGCUCCGUGGAAAAGCGCCAGGGUUUUGUGCCCCUUGGUCAUCGGCAUCCUCCUCAUCGUCGUGUUUGUCUUGUGGGAAUGGAAGUUCGCAAAGCUUCCAAUGGUUCCCCGUGAGCUUUUUGCCGGCCAACGCGUCGUUGGCAUGAGUUUCCUCAUCUCAUUCAUCGCCGGCAUCUACUUUUACGCCAUUCUCAACUUCACGCCCAUUCUAUACCUCGACAUAUACAAUCCCGGUCCCAUCAAAGCGGGAGGUAAAGGCGUCAUCAUCAUCCUGGGCGUCUUUGCAGGGGCCGUUUUCCCCAACAUGCUCAUAUCGACGUUCAAGAGCCGUACCCGCGAGAUUCUUCUCUUCUGUGCGAUUUGUGCAACGGCAUUUGGGACGGCGAUUGUGACGGCGACUCCGGCCAACCCUGUUCAAACCAUUGCUCUCUGCACACUGGCAGGAUUUGGCGUUGGUUCUUUGGUGGCCUGUGCAGUCACGACAUCUGUGAUCGCAACUCCUGACAAUCUGAUCUCGACAACCGUCGCCCUGUGUCUUUCCAUCCGUACUGUCGGUGGUUCCGUGGGAACAGCAAUCAACUCCAACGUCUUCGGCACCAAGCUGGCGAAAAGACUGCCUCAAGAUGUUGCGAAAUACGCCGUCAAAGCUGGUCUACCGGCGUCGUCUGCCAAUACAUUUGUCGAGCUUUUCCUGACCGGCCCAAAUAACAUCACCCAGGCCAGGGUGCCGGGAGUCAAUGCCGAGGUGCUCCUGGCGGCUGAACACGGUUCACGUUGGGCAUAUGCUUGGAGUCUCAAAUAUGUUUGGUACACGAUGAUGCCAUUUGGCGUAUUGAGCUGUUUGGCCUGUCUGGCUCUCGGAAAUGUGGGCAAAUUCAUGACCAACAGAGUUGCCGCGAACAUCGGUCGCGGUAAAACCAGUACUACUCACUAG